AUGCCCCUCUCGACUCUGCGUGAGUCGAUUCAGGCAGAGACCGGCAUUCUACCGACUUCCCAACACCUCUACCACAACGGCAAUCUGCUACCUUCUGAUGACGGAUCCAAGACCAUGACCGACCUCGGAAUUGCAGACAACGAUAUGAUGGCUGUCCAUGUAAGGGACAUGCGCGUGCGGGGUUCACAAGGCCGCACCGCGCAAGCUACAGCGAGUUCUGCUACCGGCCAAGACCCUGAGCUCAUCAGGCUGCAAAUCCUGGGCGACCCGCGGUUGCGCGCUCAGGCUCAACAACAGCAGCCGCAGCUCGCUGCCGUCCUGGAAGAUCCUCAGAGGUUCGCUCAGAUGUUCAACGAGAACUACUUGCGCGAGCAGAGGGAGCGGGCAGAGCGGCAGAGAGAGAUACAGCGCCUGAACGACGAUCCCUUUGACGAAGCUUCCCAAGCUCGGAUAGCUGAAAUGAUCCGCCAGGAGCGUGUUAUGGAGAACCUGCAGAAUGCCAUGGAGCACAACCCUGAAGGUAGGUCGAUCGUGCUACGAGACUGA